UGCUUUUGCUUCCUCUCCCCGCCCCCUCCCUCUCUACUACUCGCACAUCCUGGGAAACGGGUCGCACGAGUUUCAAUCCUUAAACCCUACUUGCUAUGUAACUCAUAGCAUUCGGAAUAUUGCUUGUCCGGCGUGGAAAUUUCCGAGGUUUUAAUUGCAGCGGCUUGGGAUCAAUGGUUUUGAAUUCAACCCAAAACCUGCAAAAUCUACGCGUCCCAGUAAAAUAUGUGGGCUUCUUCAAUAACGACUUGUUGCUUUAGAGUUAAGUGAUGGCGUGGGGUUGCCGAUGACCCUCUUAUUAUUCAAGAUCCGACCUUUCAGGGUUCGAGCCUCCAGGAUUGCCAUUGCCCAUUUUCACAUUCAAUCUCAAGGAGGAUUUCGCUUAUUUCCUGAUAGAGCGGCAAUAACAAAUCAAGAGGCUUGGUUUGUUAAAGUUGUAGCUACACUUUUUGUCCGUUCGCAUUGUUUAGAUGCUUGUUUGGGUUAUUUGUGUGGAAAAUUGACACCUUUGAUAGCAUUUGAGGUAAUUAAACGGUUUAAUAAUCCAAAAGUCGGUUUAAAUUUCUUGGAGUUCAGUAGAUUGAAUUUGAGUGUCACUCAUUCUUUUUCAACUUAUAGUCUGCUUAUGAGAUCCUUAUGCCAAAUGGGUUUCCAUGAUUUGGUGAAAGUUGUGUUUGAUCAUAUGAAGAGUGAUGGGUAUUUGCCUGAUAGUACACUUUUAAGAUUUUUGUUAACUUCAUUUGUGCAAGCAGGUAAGUUUAAUCUUGCUAAGAAACUGCUUGCUGAAAUUCAGUCUCAGGAGGUUAGGAUUAGUUCAUUUGUGUAUAAUAAUUUGUUGAAUGAGUUGGUUAGACGGAAUCAGGUACAUGAAGCUCUUUGCUUGUUUGAAGAACACUUGGCAUCGCAUUCUCCUGCAGAUACUUGGACCUUCAAUAUUCUUAUUCGAGGUCUCUGCAGGGUAGGUGAAGUUGAUAGAGCUUUUGAAUUUUUUAAUGAUAUGGAGAGUUUUGGUUGUUUACCUGAUAUUGUUACUUAUAACACACUCAUAAAUGGAUUGUGUAGGGUUAAUGAGUUAGAUAGAGGGCACAAAUUAUUGAAGGAAGUUCAGUCUAGAAAUGAUUGCUCACCAGAUGUAGUGACAUAUACGUCUGUUAUAUCUGGGUUUUGCAAGCCGGGUAAGAUGGAGGAAGCCUCUGUUCUUUUUGAUGAGAUGAUUAGGUCUGGGAUUAAGCCCAAUGUAUUCACUUUUAAUGUUCUUAUUGAUGGGUUUGGCAAGAUUGGUGACAUGGAUGCAGCAGAAGCCGUGCGUGAAAAGAUGGUUUCUUUUGGUUGUCUACCAGAUGUAGUUACCUUCACUUCCUUGAUUGAUGGGUACUGUCGAAGUGGGCAGGUUUACCUGGGUUUGAAGAUUUGGGAUGCAAUGAAAGCAAUGGGUGUACCUCCAAAUGUUUAUACUUACGCCAUUCUUAUUAAUGCUCUGUGCAAGGAGAACAGACUUCAUGAAGCUCGUGAUUUUUUGAGGCAGUUGAAGUUUAGCAAUGUUGUUCCAAAACCGUUUGUUUACAACCCUGUGAUUGAUGGAUUUUGCAAGGCUGGGAAUGUGGAUGAGGCAAAUUUAAUUGUUAUGGAAAUGGAGGAAAAGAGAUGCAAUCCUGAUAAAAUAACAUUCAAUAUUCUCAUUAUUGGGCAUUGUAUGAAAGGAAGAAUGAAUGAAGCUAUUGAUAUUUUCAGUAAGAUGGUAGCAAUUGGUUGUGCUCCAGAUAGCAUUACUAUUAAUUCAUUGGUAUCUUGCCUUCUGAAGGCUGGGAUGCCCAGCGUAGCCUUUCGUAUUAUGCAAACAUCAUCAGAGGAUAUCUCCAGUUUGUCAUCUUUUAGAAAUGCUAUUCCUUUAAGAUUGAAGACAGACAUCCCGGUUGCUGCUUGAAAGAAGGGUUGCCGUACGAUUUGAAUAGUCAUUGGACCCAUCAAUCAGAUAAACUCCAGCCUCUUAUGCACCUCCAAGUUUUAUCCCAACUACCAAACAGUUUCAGUCUGUAAGUAGCUUGUUCUUCUUGAAUUUAAGUGAGAUCAACAAUGUCAAUUUUGCGCUUUAGCUUAGCAUACUUCAUAAACAGACCGGUGCUGGUGCUGUUGAUUUGUAUGUAUUUAUCAUUCCUUCUGCAAGUUACUUCAAGUAUUCAGUGCUCAAUUCUGAAUCAAGUCUGUGUGGUCUUGGAUAUUUUUUCUUGCUCUUCACAAAGUUCACCAAAUAAGUAUCUCCAAUUGUGCUGGUAAAUUUCUUACUAUAUCUGCAUUCCUGAGGUCAAAUAACAUGUUGAUGUCUCAUGGGGCCUACUGUUUGAAUCAGCUGGUUGUUGUAAGGGUAUUGUUUUAGUACAUCAAUAAUCCUAAUGGAAAAUGACCCUAAUAUCUUACACAUUGUGAUCUUGAUGCAUAAGAUACUAGAAAUGAGAAUCAGCGAAAAGGGGGUGAAGAAAUAGAUAUAUUAGAGUCUUAUAGGAAAAGGAAAGGAAAAACAAAAGAAAAAGGAGCACGGCCAGGAAAAUCACAUUCUUUCUAGGGUGCAUGUGGUGCAAAUAUCUCUCAAAAUAUCCAAAAAUCUUCACUCCUGUACUGCAAAUGAACAGAGUUGAAGGAGCACACCUUCUACAGUGUCCAAUCCAUUAUUAUUGUUGGAACAUUGACCUUGCAGGACUUAAUGGAAGUUUAGAACCUGCUACUGUCAGCAUCAAGACUUGCUCAUUGCAGAACUAACAUUAGAAUUAGGCUUUUGAUGGCAGCAGCUAGUCCAAGUUGAGCCAUAAGAAGAAGCAGCAGUGGCAACUUAUUCUCACCUUGGACAGGAUGCUAAAGUGUCCAAAAAUUUUCAUGUUGACCAUACCAUGACUUUUUGCUUUUUGGUGCUACAAGCAGCUGCAAGAGUGCAGGGGUCGGCUCUGGGGACCACUUCUUUCAUCAUUUGUCGCUAGUUCCUGAUAAUGAAGGAAACGAUGGGAUGUGAGUUUCAGAAGACAGUAAUUCCAAAUUAAAUGCCAUGGAAAGAGAAAGAUAAUGGUAUCUUCUGGUGGUUGCGAUGAUUGGGGGACCCUGAUGGGUUUGAGAGCUUGACAUUGACAUGGACAUGUAAUUUAAUUUUUCUGUUGUUCACGUGAAGUUAGAUCCAUCAUAUUUCAGAAUCUUGGAAAAAAAAAAAAAAAAAGAGAACCAAUUCUCUGAUUUAAAGAUGUGAGGUGGCAGAUUCUGCUCUAGUUUUUUCUUCUAAUCUUGCACUUGAAUAUUUCAUCUGUUGCAAAAAGCUCAA